GUCGACCACGGGGAAGUUCGCCAGUGUUGCACCGAGCCUCGCGCUAUAUCGAGCAUACUCGCUGUCUCUUUUUCUCUGUCCAUCUCUCUCCUUUCCCCCUUUUGUCUCUCUUUCACUUCCUUCUCUUUUUCUUUCUUCCUCUCUUUCCACCCCUCUUUCAUCCAAGUUGGUCAUCAUUAAAGAUUAGCAUCAUUUUGCUCCUCGAUCAUUCUUCACAUAGUACUGUCAAUGUAAUAUUUUUGACACUUCAACGUGUGGCAACGAUCGGAAAACUGGCCACGGACGGAGUGAUCGUCGAGCCAGGCUCGACGAGGAGGAAGAAGAGGAGGCACGAUAAUGGGCAACGCCAGCACGAAAGACUACUCGAAGAGCAUCUCCGUUGGUACCAGCUCGAGGAAAGCGCACUGGGAUUAUCCAGGCCUUCCAGCCCCGCCUGGCAAACCUAUUCUGAUAUCGGGUACAAACGAAGCGCAGCCGGAUAUUGUGGCGAUACGAUGGGACAGAUCGCCGAGUAACGGUGGAUCGGCGAUCGUCGGAUACCUGGUUGAGCAUCGACGACUAGGCUCUUCCCAUUGGGUACGAAGCGCUUCCGGUCUUUGCGCUUUUCCGGAGCUAACGCUGAGCGGACUCGAGCCGGGAUGGCGUUAUCAAUUUCGAGUCAGAGCGCAAAAUGCAGUCGGACUUUCACGGCCAAGCGAGGUCUCCGAGCCGCUCACAGUUACCUUACAAAAAGCCGUCGCCGCUUGCGCCCCUAAUUUUGAUCUGGAACUCAAAGACACAAUUACACUCGAGAACGAACAGGCUGAGUUUGUUGUACAAUUCUCUGGCACACCAUUACCAAAGAUCUCGUGGUUCAAGGAUGGUUUCGAGAUCUUCAGCAGUCGACGCACCAGAAUCAUUACGGAUAAUGGAAAGAGCGUUCUCUUGAUUCAUCAGACCGCGCUUAAUGACGAGGGCGAGAUCAAAUGUACUGCCACCAAUCGAGCGGGUCACAUCGCCACCAGAGCAAAAUUAAUACUCGAAGCAUCGCCACGAAUACGUCUGCCGCGUCAAUACGAAGAUGGUCUACUUUUCGAGCAGGAUGAGACCAUUAGAUUGAAAGUGUCCUUAGCAGGUAGACCGUCGCCUGUCGUUACUUGGUACCACGACGGAGAGUUGAUAUCCAAGGAUGAAAGACACGUAUUCGAGGUGAUGGACGGUGAAUCCAUUCUGAAAAUACCGGAUGCCAAACGGAAAGAUCGAGGAGAGUACACUGUCAAAGCUACGAAUAAAUUGGGCGAAGAUGCCGCGUCUUUUCUGGUUACAGUGACAGAUCGACCUGCCGCUCCUGGCAAAGUAACUGUCGCGAUGUCUUUAGGCAAAUCGGUAACACUAUCGUGGAAGGAACCGGAAGAUGACGGCGGAUGUAAAAUUGGAACUUAUAUUAUCGAAUACUACAGAAUUGGCUGGGAGGUAUGGCUCAAAGCCACGACGAGCAGAUGCACCACCGCGACGUUGACAGAACUGAUCGAGGGCUCCGAAUACAAAUUUCGCGUAAAAGCUGAGAAUCCUUACGGAGUCAGCGAUCCCAGCGAAGAGAGCGAUGUUAUCUUCAUUCCAGGACCUAAACGAAGGGUUGCAGCACCUUUAAGCGAAAAGUCGCAGAGUCAUCGAGAGAUCAGCAGAUCUCGCGGUGAAAAACGAGAAGUGAGUAUCGCUACGCAAAGAACUAGAAGUUUGACGAGGGAAGAAGCUAGAACACGAAACGAUGAAGAUGAUAAUCGCUUCGUGUACGAGGAGCGGUCCGCUUCAACCCAACGGCUCGCGACGGCAAUGUUGGAUAGACCGUCCAGAGCAGACAGUAGAGUGACAUUUGCACCAGAUACUUUAGAAAAAGAGGAACCUCCGGUCCCUCCAGUCAGAUCGAGAGAGCACGCAUCCGCGAAGCAGGAAGUUUCUUAUGGAAAUCAUACAGACCGAUCAAAUAUUACAGCAGAUGCGAGAAACAAGCAAGACGUCGUAAGGAGAGAAAGAACAAUGUCGCCAAAACCAGCAAUAAUUACGAUUUCUUCUCCGGUCGAAGAGGAUCCUAGACUGCACUCGCUAGCCAUGUCGAGAGAAAGACGAAGUCUCUCUCCGCUUUCUAUGCCCAUAAUUCAGGAACAAAGAGAGGAAAAUCGUAUCACGGCUAGCCGUGAUCUUGUUCCAUCUUCGAAUUCAAUUCUAAAAAGACAGACAGCUGUUGUAAAUGAGCUCAUGGUAUCUCCACCGAGUAGCCCGCAAGGAAUGCUGAGAGAGGAUGACGAGAACGCAUUGCACGGCAGCUCGGAGUUUAUGCUGGUUUUAUACCCGGAAGAUGAAAUACAAGAGAAAGACGCAAUCGACGCGGCAAACGGCGCUGAAACUCGGAUCAAACGCAGUACAAAUAAUAGACCAGAUAUUAUCGAAUUGACGGAAGACGAAGACGAUCUUAUACCACCGCCGAUAUCAUUAUCUCUGCCAGAAUUAUUUAGCGUGCAGCAUCAAGUGGUGGAGGUAAUGCGACACGCUGUCAGUUCUACCGAGCUCCUUCACGAACGAGCUAUGGAACGUUUCUAUCGUGCCGUCGCUGCCGAAGAGGCUGUCGAAAAUACCAAACAGAAAACGCAGCUUGAGAGACUAACCGGCGAAUUGGCGCAAUCGGAUGCCGAAUCUGUUCAAAGAUCAUCAUCUCUGCGAAGACGUCUAUCCAAUUCCAGCGUGGCUACACAGAAUUUAGUCGCUUCGUGGCAGAUCAAGAAGACUCGUCGGAGAUUAAGCGAAGGGCAAACCGACGCAACCGAGAAAACAAUGAAACUUCUCUCGCCUUUGCUGCCGGAUGUCGAAGCCAGAUCGGAUCCAAAUCUCCCCUUGGAAACGACGAUGGUAGAUCCCUGGCGGAAGGACGCCAAAAAUGAAUCCGUGAAACGUCUGCGUAGAUGGCACGAGGCAAACGUGACGCUAUUAGAGGAGGAAUUAAUGGAAACGAAUAAUGAAGAGGAAGAAAUAGUUUUUAGCAUUCUAAAUAAAACAGAGUUUCAACAGCCGAUUCAAGCGACAACGAGGGAAGCGGAAAUGGAGGAGGAUUAUAGCAUUGAGAUUUCCGAAGAGUCCUCGGAAGAGAUCAGUAGUGCUGACAGCGAAGAUUUGAAAUUAUUGAAAUCGAGAAUCCUAGCGAGACAAAUCAUGGACGAGGAAGAUACUUAUCAUCCUAGAGGAAGGUCGGUUCCACACGUUGAACCGGAAUUUCCACACAUUUCGCCUGAUAGAGUGCCAUCUUUGGAGAUUUUGCCUCCUCCACCAGUCAGAGCAGUUACACCCGUCUCACCGAACAACGUGAUGCCUAAAUCGAUUCUGAAGAAGCCGAAGGAAGAGACUUCUCAGGAUAAUUUCGCCAAAUUGAUUCCUCCAGAAAAACCCAUCAGAAAGAUAUUAUCACAACCGUAUGAAACAGAAGAUGCAGAGGAAACAAGUAUAGAUAUCGGUGAGAAAAUUUCGGAUCUUGCAAACAUGUCGGAGACUUUGAAAACACCUGCGAUGUCGGAAUCCGAUACGAAUAGUAUCUUAUCGGCGGCGGAAGCGGCCAAGAGUCGAAGAAUGCAAUCGAAAUUGCGAUCGAUGACACCUGAAGAGGAAGCGGCCGAAUCAGAGGCCAGAAUGGCGGUCGUGAAUCAAUAUACUGAAAUAGUUCGGGAGUACUCGAGCCAUUCACGACACAAUAGCGCACCUAGUUCACGGAGAUCUUCCAUUUCCGAGGAUCAAGAUCAGAAACAUCGGGUGCAGGAGAAACUUGUGCCGAAGCUAAUAAACAAACAAGAGCACGACGAGGCAUCGCAAUUAAAAAUUAAGAAUAAAGACAAAACUGACAAACAGAAGAAAAACAAUCAAGCACCGGCUUCCAAGAGAGAGGGCGUUAAUUCAAGAGGCACGACUCCUGCGAAGGACACGAUGAUCGCGAAAGAGAAGCGCGGAAGUAGACCGAGCUCUAGGGACCAAUCUCCAGCGACGAGAAAGAAGGAACGAACAGGAGGCGCUUCUUCGAGAUCGUCUUCGAAAACUCGAAAUCGCACGCCUUCUCAGGAAAGAAGCAAUCGACCAUUAGCGAAAAACGAUACAGGCGAACAAGAUUCUCGCAGAUCCAAGGUGCCAUCCAGACCUUCCUCGCGAUCGAGAUCAAAUUCCAGAGAACGAUUCGGAGCGACGUCGGUGGAAUCAAAGGUUGAGAAACUGCAGAAGGCGCUCGAAAGUAACAAGUACCGAGCGACGAGGAAAGACUCCGAAGUGGCCAAAGAGAACGCAGAGAAAGGCUCUCCCGAUCGAGUUGACGGAAACCAGUUAGCUCUGGAAGCUAAGCAAACAGUCAGGUCGACGGUGAGCUACGUAACCGACCUAACAUUAUUAAUGGCUGCGAUGUACGUGUAUUUCUUCAAACGAGAAACCUUGGCGGUUCCGUUUAUCGUACUUCUUCUCUAUCGAAGAAUACAGGAGGAAAUACGCGGAUGGAUGCCGCGUCGCUGGUGGCGGUCCACCAAGAAACGCUGAUCGACCGAUGCAAUUGAAUGACAUACAUUUUGUAUAUCCUGUUUAUCAAUGAUUGCCAAGGAAAUACAUCAUACGCUGAAACAAUAUAAUACAUAUAUUGAACCACGAACUAUUUAUGACAUUCUCCAAAUAUAAUUCAAUUAUUUACUUGUUA